GUUGCAUUAGCGUCUUCUUCAGGUAAGAAAUCGUUCUCUGUGAAUCUCAAAAGUAGAGAUGACUUUCCGACACUUGAGUUUCCAAUAAGAAGUAGCUUGAAUGCUUGUAGAGGCUCAUUCCGCGUUGAUAUGGAUGUGACUGAAUGAGUGUCUGUCAUUUGUCUAUGAUGAUGAUAGUAGAGGUUUGAAGAAUGUCAAGACGAAGGAUGAGAAAUAUUGUUAUAUCAUUAGUUGUUGUGACUCAUUCGUGAACUAUUCCCAGACGGCCAUUAUGAAGUUCACAGGAAGAUUAACAAAGCAGUUGCCACAUUUGCUCUCUACUGGUGAUUUGAGUAAGCAACAGCUCAACACGCUUCUCAAGCACUCAGCUGAGCUGAAGGAUGCUUUCAAGAAGAAUGCAAUACCACCAGCUAAGCUGUCGAUCCCUAAAAGUUUAGAUGCCAAAACUGUCGCUGUAUUGUUUAAUAAGAGAUCAACUCGUACCAGAGUUGCGGCUGAAACCUCCUUACAAGCAUUGGGAGGACACCCACUUUUCUUAUCUCCUUCUGACAUACAACUCGGCGUCAAUGAGUCCUUAGAGGAUACAGCAAGAGUCGUUAGCUCUAUGACAGACGGUAUAUUUGCCAGGGUUGGCGCACACUCAGAGAUAGAAACCUUGGCGAAAUACUCUAGCGUACCUGUUAUAAACGCAUUGAGUGAUCUCUACCAUCCAACACAGAUUUUGGCUGAUUUGCUCACCAUUAGCGAAGUCUAUGGCGUCAAUUACAGCAGCGAAGCGCCACUUUCAGGUUUAACAUUCAGUUGGGUCGGUGACGCCAACAAUAUCAUCAACGAUACCCUACUCUCUUUACCAAGGUUGGGCGCCAUUGUCAAAGUUGGCUGUCCUCAGGGAUAUGAAAUCGACAACAUAAUAAUCAAACAGCUUGAGGAACAAGGCAUUUUAGAUAAAGUUUUAUUUACUAGCAGCCCGCUUGAAGCCGUAAAAGACGCAGACGUCAUCGUCACUGACACCUGGAUUUCUAUGGGUCAAGAAGACGAGAAAACGAAGAGACUUAAUGAUUUCAAGGGUUUCCAAGUGACAGAGGAACUCGCUAGAAAGGGUGGUGCUAAGGAUAACUGGAUAUUCAUGCACUGCUUACCAAGGAAGACAGAAGAAGUUGACGACCAUGUCUUCUACGGCGCUCGCUCAAAGGUAUUUCAAGAAGCAGAGAAUAGGAAGUGGACAAUAAUGUCUAUAUUUGAUAAAAUAUUAGGAGAAUAUCGCUUGUAAUUCAACGACCAUGUUGAUGGUCACUGACUACCUGAAUGAAUUAAUAAAACAGUUCAAUUUCAGCUUUAAUUUU